UUAUAUAAAAUAUUAUAUUAAAAAUGAGUUUCUUCGGGUACAUGAAUGCUCCUGUUCAUAUUCCUCCAGUCUAUGACACCACUCCGUGCUUAGACCACUUGAUGGAGUACGAAGACUGUGUUAUUGAUACUGGAACCAAUAGGCUGCAUUUCUACAUGCCAUCCUGGCCAAACCUCUGGCCAGGACUCCAAGAUGGCUACAAUGCGAUGAAUCGACCAGAUCUCCAUUAUGAAAUGCUUUUCACAGAGAAUGACUUUACUAGUAAGGAAGCUGAUUAUAAUCCCCUCACUCAGAGGCAAAAGCAAUUGUUGUAUGAAUGCGAAGAAGAAAGAAUGGUCAUCAAGGCAUGCCUUAGAGAACUUAUCACACUAAAGAGGACGGAAAAGCAUACUUCUUGGAAUACAGCUGAGGCUGCCAACCUUGCUUUUAUGUAA